AUGCAAAAAGCAGAUCCCUUAACGAAUGCUGCAGCCUCAUCCGUGCCAAAACUUGGCAAUGAUAAAGUGGUUGACACCAGUUUCCGAACAACAACUUCGGUUGCAACCACAAAAAAGUAUCAUUUAAAGGUUUCAAAAUUGGAACACCCCCCAAAAUCGAAAAAAAAGAAAAAGGAUAAACAUUUAAUAGACGCGGAAUCAAAACAUGAAACAUUAUUUGAAGAUAAAGUGAUACCGGAAGAGGACAGAGUAUUAUGGAAUCAUAUAAACGAACAAUAUCAUGAUAAUUUAUGGAAUCGAAUUUCAAGGUAUCGGGACGAAAUGAGACAGCUCCACAUGCCAGACAACUACAAGCUCACUAGAAAAGAUAGUGACCCCUCAUUACACUCAACAUUCAAAGGACAUACAGAUUCAAUAACUUCUCUUGAUUUUAGCCCAGAGGGUUCUAGGUUGGCAUCUGUUUCUUAUGAUUCUAGUUUGUUUUUAUGGAAAAUCCAAGGAAAUUUCUUUCCCCUUAAAUAUGUUCAUCACGAACUUGGAGGAGUUUUUUGUGUAAAAUUUGCUCCAAAGAUUUUUACAGGUGCAUUCACUCAUUUGAUUGCCACAGGAGGUAAUGAUAGAACUGUUCGAUUGAUGCAUUUAGGAAUAGGAGAUGAUACGGCUGAGGUAGCUUUGCAACGACCUCAUCACUCGGUGUUAAUCAAAGCACAUGAAGGCCCUGUUAACGAUAUUGCGUUUGACCACACAAGUCAAUUUUUACUGAGCUGCUCUUCAGACAACACAGCCAAGCUUUGGUCUUUGCAAUAUCAACAAUUUGUGGGAUGUUUUUUGGGCCAUACCCAAGCCCCACUGAGCUGUGACAUUUCAUACGACGGAAGAGUCGUGGCGACAGGAGGUAAAGAUAAGAUCAUCAAACUGUUUGACAGUAGCAGCGCCAAGUGUAUUGUUGACUUGAAGCAUCAUACAGACUUUGUAAAUAAGGUUCGAUUUUCACCUGAUGGAACGUGUUUAGCAAGUUGUUCAAAAGAUCAUACUAUUCGAAUUUUUGAUUUGAGAUACUCUGGACGACCCUUGCAGAACUACGAUGGUCAUCAUUUUCCUGUCUCUUCCAUUGACUUCCACAAGUCAGGAAAUUACCUUAUAAGCACAGGUGAAGACAAUACUGUUAAAAUUUGGAAUCUGAUGCAUGCUCAGCUCAUGUACACAAUAUCAGGUCAUGUUGGUUCAACGACAUGUGCCAGAUUUUCAAAAGACGGAUCAUUCUUUGCAACCGGAGGAACAGAUAGCAACGUUCUAUUAUGGAACAGCAACUUUGCUUCCAGACAUGCAGAACUCAGCGAGACUGCAAACAAUCCUCAUAUUGGAAGUCGAGUGGACAAUGAAUAG